ACCUUCCAGGAAAUCAUUCUAUAAGCUGUUGCACAUAGAAGGGAAUUUACAGGAUGACGUUGACACUUUAUUCAGUGUUUAUUUGCGUCUAAAGGAAGGGAUUUUACAAUGUGACGUUUACACUUUAUUCAGUAUUUAAGCUCGACUUGCCACUAGAGUUGUUCAUCACAGGCAGGAGUAAAUGGAUCGGCAGCUGAUGCUGUGUUCGCCUUUACAUACUCCACAGAGAGGUAAUCUCUCAGCCCACGUGGUUUCAAGUAUAAAAAAAAGUUUCCGCGCGAGACGGCUUUAGAGGUUACUUCAUUGAGGAAAGGACAGAAAGCGCGACAUCGAGCCCGUAAUACGUAUAGGUUAUGCAUCAGCCAGAAGCUUGGGAUUUUCUAGUCUUUUAUAAUUCCAAAAGAGGACCUGGACGAAGAGAAGGUGCGAUCCAAUCGAGGACAAUAUUUCAGUUCUUAGUACUUUUAGUGACUAAUCUGUGAAUUCGAUUAGCGCUCGGACUCUGAUUGCACUCUUGGUUUUUUGGGUGGGAUGAGUUGUUCCGUCUUUAGGAGGAGGAUAUGUCAAACAGAUGGGCGAAAUGUGGCGUGUAGGUUGAACGUACACUGAUCUAGCCUGAGGCUGAGUUUGGAUGCUCGAAGUCAAGCCCAUCUCUUCUUACCACCUCCAUCCUUCAAUAAAACCAGAACGUAUGGAGCUUUCUCCAAGACAACUUCUGGGAGCCUGGACCGUUUCCUAACUCAGAUUGUUCUUACGUGCGUUCUCAAGAAAAUAUUUUUCUUUUUUCAAUAACUUUUAUGAACACGUUGUUUAAAUAUCUCAUGUGGCUGCACAGCGUCGAUUUGUCUGGCACGACGGAUCUGUGAAUGCAAAAGAGCAAAGAAAUUACUCAAAACACCCGGUCUGUUGAAUUAAAAGAUGAUCGCCUGUAGACGAGAAGGAGAAAAGAUGAAGCUAAUGGUGCGGGUGAUGUGCUGGUUAAUGGUUUGUGUGCUGUCAGUGCGGGGCGCCGGGAGCGACACCUCUGCGCUGCCCCGGGACUCGUGCGCGUCAUGCGGCCUCGGCCGUCCCGACGUUCCAGACGCGAUGGACACGGACUUUCUGGAGGCAGUGAAGAGGCAUAUACUGAGCAGACUGCAGAUGAGACAGAGACCCAACAUCACGCACCCGAUCCCCAAAGCGGCCAUGGUCACGGCAUUGAGGAAGCUCCACGCCGGGAAAGUGCGGGCGGACGGGAGGUUCGAGAUUCCCAGCUUAGACGGCCAAGCCGCUUACAGCAACGAGGCGCAAGAGGAAACGUCAGAAAUUAUCAGCUUCGCUGAGUCAGAUGACCUGACUUCUGUGAAGUCCAGCCUCUAUUUUGUGAUCUCCAAUGAGGGCAACCAGAACCUGUAUGUGCAGCAGGCCAGUCUAUGGCUGUACUUCAAACUUCUUCCUGGAGGCCUGGAAAAAGGUGUGCGUCGGAAGGUGACGGUGAGGUUGCAUUGCCAGGAGCUUGGCGGUCAAGAAAAAUGGGUUGAGAAGCGGCUGGAGCUGAAGCGCAGUGGCUGGCACACAUUUCCAUUGUCAGAGGCAGUCCGAGUGGCAUUAGGAAAAGGUGGCCGUCGACAAGACUUGGAUGUGCACUGCGAGGGCUGUGACAUAGCCAAAGUGGCGCCGGUUUUAGUGGACGUAGGUGAUCCCUCGCACCGCCCUUUCCUGGUGGUGCGAGCACGCCAAGCCGAGGGGAAACAUCGCAUCCACAAGCGUGGCUUGGAGUGCGAUGGAAACCAUGGUGGUCUGUGCUGCAGGCAGCAGUUCUACAUUGACUUUAGGAUCAUAGGCUGGAAUGACUGGAUCAUAGCUCCCGCUGGCUACUUUGGCAACUAUUGCGAGGGCAACUGCCCGGCAUACAUGGCAGGAGUGCCGGGCUCGGCAUCCUCAUUUCACACAGCUGUGGUCAAUCAGUACCGCAUGCGAGGCAUAAGCCCAGGCUCAGUGAACUCCUGCUGCAUUCCUACCAAGCUCAGCACCAUGUCCAUGCUCUACUUUGACGAUGAGUACAACAUUGUCAAGCGGGACGUUCCGAACAUGAUUGUGGAGGAAUGUGGCUGUGCCUGAGGCUGUUUAGGGAAUUGUAGACUUUCAAUGUAAUCAAAGGACAUUACAACAGCAGUGACAUAUUUAUGGGCCCGUACCACAGGCAUAUACAUGUUAUUAUAAGGACACUCAAAAUGCAAAAUUGCACACUACUGUGUGUGCAUGGAGCAGUGGAUCGUCAGUUGUAUGACAGGAGUAAUUAUGUUACAAUCUACAAACACAAAGACAUUGAAAUGAGAAAGGUAUGAAAAUCACCAAACCUUGUGAGGUUUUUUUGUAUCUAGGUGAAAAUAUGAUGUUGUCCUUUUUACUCCAACAGAACUGAAAGGUACAUUUACCUGUGACAAGCUGGUACUGCCCACUGCUUUGAGGACUGAGCAACAACCCUUCCGAGACUAGUGAAAGCACUGACAUUACAACGUCCUUUACACUUCAGAACAUCAGCACUUCAAAAACAGUGACAAAUCAUUCCAUAGAGGUGGAGUUUUCAAUAACUAUGUAUAGCAUCACCUUUCAUGCUCAAGUCAUUCCCAGUACCACGACUAAAAUCUUCUGCGGCAUUGUUCCAUAUCAAACGGGUAGGCUACAUAAAACUGCUAGCAGCCUUUUGGACAAUUCUUUAACAAAGUGGCUUUCCCUCAUGCUGCUAAUGCACCAUCCAUGUGGCAGACUGCUGAACCACGACGCAAGGUCCAACAGGUGAAGUGUGAUGUUAUAGUUCUUUGGCUGUGAACUUCAGUGUCUCAUAAAUGCUGUCAGCACCAUGUGCUCUGUGGAGGCAUUAUUACUGACCAGCUGGCAGUACAGCACUUGACAAAAAUGCUCUAAAUGCACAAUUUAAAGCACUUGCCUAUUGAAAUGCCUUCAAAAGGAUUGUCAAGAGGUGCACCUACCCCAAUCCUCACUCAGUCCUAGUCAUAUAAAGUGCCGCAUAACCUAUGCAAUGUAUAGUAAUCCUGGUCCGGACCAAGUGUUCUGUUCUGCUAAUCUUUAACUUUUUAUCAAAUACUUGAAAGGUCUUUCGCUUUCUUUUCAAAGCGGAUGAAUGUUCAUAUUUUUGCACUGAAAAGCUGCAGAAAUAUUAAAAGACAAACAACAACAACAACAACGAAAUGCUGUGGGGAAAAAAAUAUUUUUAUAAUAGGCAACUGAAUUUUCUGUGUACCGUAUAAUUGAACCAAAGAGGCCAAUAUCAUAGUUAUUGUAAUAUGGUGGAAAGGCUGUUACAAUAUUUGUACAAUAUUUGUUUAUCCUCUUUAAGAAGCCUAAUCACUGUGUCAGGGUACGACAUCAGAGUUUCCCUUUCAGCUCUUGAUACUUUUUUUUUAUUUGUACAGCAAACCUUUCAUAUUUAAUUCUUUCUUAAUUUUCUAUGUAAUGAAACUUAUUUUUAGCUGUUGGUACAAAGUCAACCAGUACAACAUGUAAUUUCUGUACAGUUUAUGUAAAAAUAAAAGAAGCUUUCGUAAAAUAUUUUGUAACUUUAAAAUAAAUUCUUACUCUUAAUGAUAUCAAAAAUGAUUGAAAAUGAGUUUUUUCUUUCAAUUUUAUAAUAAGAAUAUAUGCAGAUACUGUUCCAAAGAUUUUUUUCCAUUGAAGAGUUAUGGCUUCUGACUUAACUAGCUGCAUAAAUACGAUAUGGCAUAAAUACACUGUGUACAUGUCUGAACAAAAAGUUCUGAUAUUGUUUGUCAUUCUCGGUGUCCUCUCAGCUGUUAGCAAAAGGUUUUCUACCUGUCGACAUGUAGCCACACGGCAUGAUUACAUCAGAGUGGGUUCCCAGCUCUUUCUUUAUCUGUUGCCUUUUUCUAGACCCUUAAGGCAGAGCUACGAAAAACAAGCUGGUAUGAAGGAACACUUUAUGCCACACUGGCCACACUGGCCUUCACUGAGUGACGCAAAGCAAGUCUUCCAAAACACAUCCAAAACCCUAGGACAUAGUGGAAUAAUCAUCUGGAAUUUAGCUCUCCCACAUCUGAAAACUGAACAAAUGUGUGAAAUGUUUAAGAUAUUCAGAGGAGACAUCUAAAUCAUGACAACAAAAAGGGGAUGAGUCACCUCUGGCACUACUACUACUACUAAACAGAGACAAUAUUUGUGUGUGUGUGUGUGUGUGUGUGUGUGUGUGUGUGUGUGUGUGCAUGUGCAGGCACAUGUUUAUGCACGUGUUGGGGUUGUAUGUGUCAAUAAGAGAGAGAGAGAGAAAGAGUGAUCAUAUAGAGGUUGACUGAGCUGUCUCAUCAUGUAGUGCAGAGUUAGCGGUGUCGGCAUGGCUGUUGGAAUGUUAAUGACACUAUAGUUAUGCCCCCUAGCUACCUUGUGAAGCCAAACACCAGCACACACACACACACACACACACACACAUACACAUACACACCCACACAAGCACACACACACACACACACACACACACACACACACACACACAGAUUCACUCUUACCAAGGAAUUGAAGGACCUUUUCACUUCAAAAUGCAGUGAGGAGUUUGUUUUGUUUGUGGCAGUAGCAUACUCCUACACACAUGCACGCAAAUAACGUGUGAGAUUUAUGUGCAUAUGCAUUCUAUUUAUUCUAUACAAUCCAUUUUGUUUUUCAUUGUUCACACACAUUUCACAAAAUUUGCUCUUAUAUAAGAAUUUAACUGCAAGCAAAACCAAACACUUGGUCCAAAACCCUCAAUGUCCUCCUCAAAAUGGAAUCUGUAUGUAUCUAUAUGUCUGUGUGAGUAAAUAACAAUCCAUUAUUUAAUUAUCAUUUUUUCAGACCUCUUUGCAUUUUGUUGUCUAUUA